CGGCCAUUUUGUUUUGGCGAGGUCUUUCAAAAUUAGGAGAAAUUUAGCUACAUGUCUUGCUAGUAGACUGCAGUAUUUCAUUCAUCAAACAAACUCGUUUAGGUUGUAACUAAACCGCGUUUGGACCUCAACAACAAGUGCGUGGCGAUCGGGUAUAGGAAGAAAGAGAAGAAAAAAAAGAACAAGUUUGAAAACAUUGCAGAGUGGAGUAAAACUUGAAGAAUCAUGGCCACCGCAACCCCAAGCCGCGCCGCGCCUGCUGGAACCCCGCUCUCCCCGACUAGGAUAUCGCGCCUCCAGGAAAAACAAGACCUGCAACAUUUGAACGAUAGACUUGCCGUUUACAUCGACCGAGUCCGGUCACUAGAGCUUGAAAAUGACCGGCUCAUGGUUAAGGUCUCCGAAAAGGAAGAAGUCACUACACGCGAGGUGACUGGGAUUAAGACCCUGUACGAGGCAGAGCUAGCGGAUGCUCGGCGUGUUCUGGAUGAGACGGCCAGGGAGAGGGCCAGGCUUCAGAUAGACCUGGGCAAGGCCAACUCUGACGUGGAGGAGGUGACCAGGAAUCUGAAAAAGAAAGAUGGCGACCUGGCUCUUGCCAUGGCUCGGGCCAAGGACCUUGAAGCCCAGUUCAACAAGAGUGAAGCAAACCUGGCCACGGCCCUCAGUGAGAAUGGAAACCUGGCUGCGGAGGUUGCCGACCUGAAGGCCCAGUUAGCCAAGGCUGAAGAUGCCCAUUCUGUAGCUAAGAAGCAGCUGGAGACUGAGACUCUGAUGAGAGUGGAUCUGGAGAACCGCUGCCAGAGCCUGACAGAAGAGCUGCAGUUCAGGAAGAGCAUGUUCGACGAGGAGGUACGUGAGACGCGUCGACGUCGCGAGAAGCGUACCGUGGAGGUGGACAGUGGGGUCACCCAGGACUACACGUUCCAACUGGCUCAGGCUCUGCAGGACCUGCGCAGGCAGCAUGAGGAACAAGUCUCCAUCUACAAGGAGGAGCUGGGCAACACCUUCCAGGCCAAGCUGGAUAAUGCCAAGGUGUCGUCUGAGCUGAAUGACAAGGCGGUGAGCACAGCUCGGGAGGAACUGCAGGAGGCUCAUAUCAGGAUUGAGAGCCUGGCCUACCAGCUCUCUGCCCUGCAGAAACAGGCCUCUGCCAAUGAGGAGCGUGUGCGUGAGCUUGAGGACCUGGUGGCUGGAGAGAGGGACAAGCACCGCAGGCAGAUGGACCUGAAGGAGAGGGAGAUGGCUGAGAUGAGGGAGCGGAUGCAGCAGCAGCUGAACGAGUACCAGGAGCUGCUGGACGUCAAACUGGCCCUGGACAUGGAGAUCAACGCUUACAGGAAACUGCUGGAGGGAGAGGAGGACAGACUGAAGCUGUCCCCCAGCCCGUCCGGCCGUGUGACAGUGUCCCGCGCCAUGGGCACAAGCUCUUCCCGCUCCUCCUGGGCCAAGAGGAAGCGCGUGGAGCUGCAGGGAGAGUCAGUGGUCGUGCCUCAGGUCCACAUCAACCAGGAGGCAGAGGCUCUCGGCAGCGUCACCAUCGAGGAGACUGACCUGGAGGGCAAGUGUGUCACCCUCAAGAACGACUCAGACAAGGACCAGUCUCUAGGUAGCUGGAGGCUGCAGAGGCAGAUUGGAGAAGGAGAGGAGAUCACCUACAAGUUCUCCCCCAAGUUUGUCCUCAAGGCCGGCAAGACUGUCACGGUGUGGGGCUCAGACGCAGGUGUGUCUCACAGCCCACCCUCUGACCUGCUGUGGAAGAGCCAGGCCUCCUGGGGCACCGGGGACGACAUCACCACCACCCUUGUGAACUCUGACGGAGAGGAGGUGGCUAAGAGAACCGUCACCAAGACGCUGAUGGAGGUGGAGAAUGGAGAUGAUGAUGAUGACUUCGAGGAAGAGGAACUGAGAGGAGAAAAGGCCUCUUCCAGGGAAUGUUCAAUCAUGUGAAGAAGUUCCCAUAUUUUGUUCUCCUACAAAAUCUGCUUCUUUUUCUAGAGCCACUCAAAUCUUUUUGUAUAAUUCUGUCUUGUGUUCUUAAUAUUUUUUUAUCUUAUAAGACAAUUUAAGAGCCUGCCCAUAUUUUUAAGACUCCGUUUUUAACAUCCAAGUAAUCAUGACAAAAUAAAAUUGCAGUGAGUUUAGGACUGAAUUCACUAAGUUAGUUACACCCCCCCCAAUUAUGUUGAGUCAGACAGCUGGAAGUCUUCUGGAUUUAAAGAAUAAUGAUUGUUCGUUCACCACAUGAUCCCACAUUCCACUUAAUCUACAUGAAUCAAUGAGAGUAGUCCCCGGGACCGGAGGACACUGGCAUUAGGCUUGCUGUUGUCCUGUCAAGUCAGAAAGGACUUCACUGUGUGCAUGGGAUACGUUUUAACCCUAGACACGUCUGUUGAGAACAAGCUGGACCUAAACCUAACCAAUUUGUCUGUUUAAAAAAAAAAAAAGUUUAAAUGCAUUGUAGAAUGUUUUCUGGGGGCAUAGUUAUCCGUGGUGGCAUUUGAAUCGAUUGCUCAUUCGAUGAACUUGUCACCAUCGAGGCAGCAGGGCGAAAAAGGAGUUUGGGGGAGAAUGGUCAGCCUGGAAUCCGUUGCACACUGAAUAUCGCUCCUUUUCAAUGUUUCAUUUCACAACAUGAUCCUCUGUAGCUCAGUUGGUAGAGCAUGGCACUUGCAAAGCUUCUUGGGACCACCCGUACGUAAAAAAAUGUAUGCAUGCAUGACUAAGUCGCUUUGGAUAAAAGUCUGCUAAAUGGCAUUUUAUUAUUAUGAAACUGAGCACUAUUCAGUGUGGGUUCCAUUACAGGCUCGAGCAUAGUGGCAGAGUGGAUGUGAUCUUUGGUUCCUUAAAUGUGUAGUAGAUUGUAACUGACAGCUGUCGCUUAGCUCAUGUACUGGCUUUUGUCUGGCAAAUCACAGCAACAGGAUGGAAAUGCUAGGAUUACAUAUUCUACUAAAUGAAUUGGUAUAUUUUAAAAUGCAUUAAUGCCUACAAUUUUAUAAUUGGAAAUGUUUCAAAUUUUCAACAAAAUGUAUAUUUUUUUAAAGUAAUGAAAUAUAGAUGUAGACUUUGCUCUUUCUCACUAGUACUUUUAUGGUUUGGAGAGAAUUACAUCAGAUGGCGAUGUAAUGAGGCCAAGGAUGAGUUACGAUAGAACAUGGCAUGCAAUCAUGCAAAGUUUGUAUUUAAAACGCUACUCUUUAUCUUAUAAAGCAGCGUUUCCCAACUCCAGGCCUUCGAGUACCCCCCACCCACCAAAAGCAAAAAUGUGUUUCCCCCUCCAGACAAACUCACCUGAUUCAACUCAUCGAGGGCUUGAUGAUUAGUUGACGUUCAAUCAGGUGUGUACUGGUAUAAAGUGACUGAACGUUUCCAACCUGUUGUCUUAUUCUGAUGUUGCUGACAUGAUAAAUCAUGAAUUUUGUAUCUUUUUGAAAAUUAUGUUUCUCAAGACAAGUAGACUGUAAGAACUACAGUGUGCAUAUUUUAAAUGUGACUAAGAUUUAAUGGUAGGGUUUCUGUUUUAAAACUAAACCGGAUGUAACUUUUCUACCUUUUGCACCUACUGAAUGUAUGGUCGUGCCUAGAAUGAAAGGUAGUCGUGCUACUUCAAGUCAGCAAUAUGAGAUGCAAUUGGUGAGAAUCUGCCUUUUUCAUGAAGAUCGGGUGCGGUUAGGAUUUUCAAAAUAGAUUUGAAAAAGAUUCUACUGGCAAUAUGCUUGGAUGCGUGGAGAGGAUCUGUUGUCUCGACUCUCGUCCCACACAACUACUUGUUGUAGACAAGUUAAAGGGAUAGUAACCCAAAUUACAAAAUUACAUACAGUUCCUUGUCCAUAGACUGCUUACAGGGUAAGGAAACUAAUAUGUAAUUUAGUCAUUUUGAGUGACACACCCCUUUUUGUAAAACAUUUUUUUUUAUAUAAAGACCUCAGGAUUUGAACACUUAUAAACCUCGUGGAUUUUCCAUUCUUCGUGGCUGGCUGUGCUAUAGCAUCUCAGUGGUUGAAGUAGUUAUACUACCCAAGCAGUGUUCUCUUAACAUGGCUGUGAAAUUGGAAGGAAGGAGCAAUUGGAUUAUUGAUUUUUUUUUUUCAAUUGAUCAAUAAUCGUGACUAUAACAAAUAAAAAGAGAUGCAAUGUUGCUUUGACUUUUUAUAGUUUUAAUAUUGGCCUGGGAAACAUAAUUUUUGUGUGUCUAUUUGAAUGCAGUGCUUUGCAUUAUUUGAAUAUUAUUUUGAUUAGGAUUAUUGUAAUUUGUUUUUUCGAGUUCUCUUUAGAUGGAUCAAGUUUGGGUCUAAAAUGGCAGAACUAUUAUUUUUGUUUGACUAUAAAGUGUUAAUUCUCCUCAAAAAUAUUUAGCAAAAUUGUCUAUAGUAUAAAAUGCAUGGCUAUGCUUCGGGCAGAGCUUUUUGCCAUUUUUAAUUGUCGCGGUAACUGAAAAGCAUGGAAGUAAUGUUGCAACAAGGUUUUGUAUUGAUGCAUUUCCAUUGAACUCAAGAUUGGAUACCUUGGGUGUGGCGUAUCCACUGCGGACAGGGUAUCCAGACGCUCUCUUUUUAAUCAUGAUUGAACUGUGAUGGUCAUUUUACAAAGGGUUUUCUAUAGGAAUUCCACCACCACUACUGGUGAUUUUUACUUAGGCUUCUUGACAGCUUUUAGUUUCAUGCACUGUUUGGUUUAGACACACAUUACUGUUAGUACACAGUAUUACUAUUAAUGUUAGUCAAUGAUGUCAGUAUGUAUUCACAGUACUGCCAAAUGAUCAGGUUCUAUGUUACAGAUGUAGCAAGUGAAAUGUGAGAGACUACAGCGUUUUUCAGGGCAGGUUUUCAGUGUUCACUCCUUACCACAUUAGAUGCUGGGAUUUAUUAAGCCAGUGGAGAAGCUAAGAAUAUUGUUUGUAGUACUUUUUUACUGUAUAGUAGCUAGUGGUGGUAAGGACUGACAAUGAGGAAAUCCAGCUAACCUGGGAGAGCAUGGUUUAGUCAUUUUGAGCCAUACUAAACAUUUGUGAAUUGAUAUUUGGGUCAAAUGCGCAGAUAAAACGAAACCCUAAACUUUAUCACUCUAAGAGGACUUGCAGGGGUGGGGAUGUAGGGAGGGAGCAUGCCAAAUGUGUUUGUCGUACUGCUAUUGAUUUAUUACAUUUACAAUUUUGAAAUAUUUUUUUUUGUAUACAUAAAUCAUAAUAAAUGUUUUCCAUAUUAA